AAUAAUGCAAAAUAACUAAAUAUCCCUUCCAAAACAGCCACAAAAAAUAACAAUAAUAUAAUACCCUCAUUCUGUUCUUUCCCUCUGUCAUCACUUGAUGAAAAAAGCAGGCAGUUUCACUAGGAAUAUGGUCAUGUAAUGUUCUAAUUAUAGAAAAUUGGGGCAAAAGGUCCCACACCCAGAUGAUAAAAAUAGGUGAAAUUCAACACCCAUCUGCAAAAUUUCAUUUUUUUCUACUGCAACAUAUCAUAUGAUCAUCUUUAUUAUCAUCAAUAAUAAUAAUAAUAAUUAAUAAUAUUAUGAUUUUGUUUUUCAACUAUUUAUGAUUUUGUUUUUCAACUAUUCAUAGUUGUUGUUACUCUGCCCCCCUUUUGCUUGCUUGGCUUAGGUUUUAAGUUGCCAAAUCAUUGUCUUUUUUUUUUCCUCUUUCUUUCCACUGGAAUCUUCAUCUGAAAGUUCUUGUUCUAUUUUUUUUUUUUUUAAAUGAUUUUGGGUAUUGUUGGAAUGUGGGAGCUCAUGAUUCUUGAUUGUUGUGUUGGUGUUUGAUCUGGUUUGGUGAUUGGGUGUGUGAUUGAAGUGGGUUUGUUGGUUGAAUAAUCCAUGGGUUCAUCAAGUUCAAUGCUUUUUGCAAAUUCUUUGAGGUUUUGAAGGAAGAGCUUCAAAAGAUUCAUGGGCUGGAUAAAAAAGAUUCUUAAAGGGUUAAGUUCCAGCAAUAAAUAUUCCGGAAAACAUAAUGGGAGAUAUGAUAAGUAUCCUCAAACUACAGGGGACGCGUUGUCAGACUUUGAUAGCGAAGAGAUUGAUCGCGCGAUAGCACUUUCACUUUUGGAAGAAGACGCGAAAAGCGUUGUUUCCACUGUAGAAGAAGAUGGUCAUGACGAUGAUGAUGACGAUGAUGAUGAGGAUGAUCACUGUGAACAUGCUGAUCAUCAUGACGAUGAAGAUGAUGGCGAUGAACAUGAUGUCUUUGAUGAUGAAGAUGAUGAUGAUGAACGUUCGGUUUCAUCUGUUGAAGAAGAUAAUCAAAACCACACGAUUUCAUCUCCGGAAGAUGAUGAAACAGAAUCAAGUUACCUGUCAGACGAAGACAACAAAGGAAAAAAACCAAUCAAUUAUGAAGAUGAUACAGAGGAUGAUGAACAGCUUGCGAAAGCUCUUCAAGAAAGUUUAAAUAUACCCUCACCGCCACGAAACCACCCCUCACCGCCACGAAACCAUCCAUCACCGCCAAGAAACCACCAUGAAAGUGUAUUUCCGCCUGUGUCAUACUUCUAUCCCAGCGGAUACAGGAUAUGUAUAGGUUGCAAUACAGAAAUCGGGCAUGGGAGAUUUUUAAACUGCAUGGGAGGACUAUGGCAUCCCGAGUGUUUCCGUUGCCACACGUGCAAUUUACCGAUUUCGGAUCACGAGUUCUCCAUGUCUGAAAAUCGCCAGUUUCAUAAAUCGUGCUAUAAAGAACACCAUCACCCGAGAUGUGAUGUCUGCAAGCACUUUAUUCCAACAAAUGGAGCGGGUUUGAUCGAAUACAGGGCACAUCCGUUUUGGCUACAGAAAUACUGCCCGUCACACGAGCAUGACGGGACCCCACGAUGUUGCAGUUGCGAACGAAUGGAAGCACGAGACACAAAGUAUUUGUUACUAGAUGAUGGUAGGAAAUUAUGCCUGGAGUGUUUGGACUCUGCAAUUAUGGAUACUCAUGAAUGCCAACCACUUUACCUUGAAAUUCAAGAUUUUUAUGAAGGAUUAAACAUGAAAAUUGAGCAACAAGUACCAUUGUUGUUGGUUGAGAGACAAGCUUUAAAUGAAGCCAUGGAAGGUGAAAAAAAUGGUCAGGGUCAGGGUCAUCAUCACAUGCCUGAAACCAGAGGACUAUGCUUAUCAGAAGAACAAACCAUCAGCACUAUAAUAAGGCGACCAAAGGUCGGGGCAGGGCGGAUAAUGGACAUGUUUACAGAGCCAUAUAAACUAGUUCGUCGAUGUGAAGUGACUGCUAUUCUUAUCUUAUAUAGUCUCCCCAGGUUAUUGACCGGUUCGAUACUGGCUCAUGAAAUGAUGCACGCAUGGCUCCGGCUUAAAGGAUACUCUAAUCUUCCACCUAAAGUCGAAGAAGGGAUCUGUCAAGUACUGGCUCACAUGUGGCUCGAGUCAGAAAUCAUGGCGGGAUCUGGUGGUACAAAUAUUGCUUCCACAUCAUCGUCGUCGUCUUCUUCAUCCGCGCCUGCUGGUGAGUCAUCGAAAAAGGGAAAAAGAUCAGAUUUCGAGAAGCAACUUGGUGGAUUUUUCAAACACCAGAUUGAGUCAGAUUCGUCUGAAGCUUAUGGAGAAGGGUUCAGAGAAGGCAACCGAUCCGUCGUCAAAUAUGGCCUCAGAAGCACCCUUGACCAUAUUCGACUUACAGGAACAUUUCCAUUAUAGUUUAAAGUGCAAACAAAUAUAUUCACAUUUGAAACUACAGAAUUGUUCAUAAACAUAAACAUAUAUAGAGACACACAUACAUAUAUAUACGUAUAUAUCUAUAUAUUUGUGUAGGGAAAAAGGAAUAUGUAUAGAAAAAAAAACAUGUGUUGUUUGUUCAAGACCUCAACUGCAUGCUAUAUUCUGUUCUUGUUGUUUUA